AUGGGCCCACAAAAGGUCUUGCAGCACAAGCCAGCGAAGAAGCAGGUCCGGAGCCUGGCUGCGAGGCAGGCCAUGUCGGCUCCGAAGCAGAUCCCCGCGGCCAAACCCGCAACGACCGAGGCACUGCCAUCCAGCAUUUGGCCCCCAGUGCUCAGCGGUCAGUGCUGGGAGUCCGAUGUGUCGGAGCUGCUUGGGCAGAUCUCCCCCAAUGCCGAAAGUGAAGACACGGUUUCCCGCUUGGUGGAUGCCGUCCGCGAGACGAUCCUCCCGAUCUUCCCCGACCUGGACGCUUGCGGCUUUGUCCACGGAAAUCUUCGCUCCGGACGGGCGUUCCGGGUGGCCGUGCCGGACGUCGAGAUCGUUCUCUCAGUCAGCCCGGAGAAGCUGCGCCAAAAGCUACAGAGCCGAAUUGCCACGGAGAGGAAGAUGGACACCCGCCAACUCGAGAAGGCAGCGAUUCGCAUGGUGGCAGAGGCUCUGGUGGCUUCCUGCGGCUUCAAAUUCCGGCGCUCCGCCUUUCGAGGGGAGGAGCCGAAAUUGACGCUCCUGGCACCUGCCAGCUUCGGGCCUUUUGCAGAUGCGAUUCCCCUUGACAUCUCAGUAAAUGCAGAGACGCCUCUCUACAAUGCUGCGCUUCUGGCGGAAUGUGGGCAGCUGGAUCCACGAGCGAAGCAGCUGAUACUCCUUGUGAGGCGCUGGGCGAAGGAUCGUGGCAUCUGCCAUGCAGCAAAAGGUUAUCUCUCGCCCUACCACUGGAGUUUGCUGGUGAUCUUCUUCCUGCAGGUCAGGCGCAUGUCUGAAGAGGGAUCGGUGCUGCCUCCUUUACAGCAGUUCCGGGCCUUCUGUGACCUCACCUCUUCGCCGCCAGGGCUUCAGCGAGGUCCCCGCCCUUCCCCAAAGUCGAGCACAGAACCCACUUCACAGCUGCUCAAAGAGUUCAUGCACUUCUACCGCAGCUUUGACUGGAGGAACGAGAUGAUCAACAUUAUCGAGGGGGAGCGUGGCCCACCCACCAUCUUCGAG